AGAUGAAAAUGGAGGGUGUGUCCGAAUUCGGGGGCUGCGUCUUUCAGUGGCCGCGGCCUUCACGGUCGACGUUGGCCGGGUCAUUCGUCGCGCGGGUUGUCUGGAUGUUAACGGCUGUGAAUUUGGACGAGUCUUAGCCGUAGAUCAUUCCAGCCGCGUCGGCGAAUGUCCUGUCGCGUAGUAAGUAACGUGUCGCGUGACUGACUCAGAGAGGAGUAGUGAUCCAGGCAUGGAGUCCUUAUAGUCCGGCUGAGACACAACAGGACAUGAACUGAAGCAGGCUGAGCUGUUAGGACUUUUUUCCAACCAUUUAGCCGUUUUACACUGCCAAAGUGAAGUUCAAGACUGAAAAAACCGUAAAACCAACUCAUGGAGGCUCCGCUGGAAUCCACGAACAAUCGCGAUCUAAACUCCGUGCUGUCUGCAUGUGAGCCAGAGCUGCAGGAGUUGAUGAGGCAGAUCGACCUCAUGAUCAGCCAUCAGAAGAGGGAGUGGGAGGCGGAGGUCCGGGCUUUGGACAUGCGGCUGAAGAGCACAGAGGAGGAGCUCCUCGCCUCCAGGGCCACCAUUGAACGCAGAGAACUGGAGAUCGGAUUACUCCACAAACAGCUGGAAGACGUUCAGGUUUGCCCCCAAGAUGUAGUCUCUAAAUAUGAGCAGCAGCUGCAGAAAGUCAGUGAGGAGUUGGAUAAACUAAAGAGAAGUUACCACAAACUUCAGCGUAAACAGCUCAGGCAGACGAGCGGCGGAGCUUCCAGAGAUCUUUCACAGGAGAAUCCUCAACACCCCCUGGACCGGGAGCAGCAGCGGGACCAGCAUCAAAGCCAGCUGACAGAGAUGGAGGCCCUGAACCGGAGCCUGGCCCAAGAGCUGCUUCAGAUGAAGGCCCAGCCGGCAUCACGGCAGCACUGGCAGUGCUGUGUGGAGCUGCAGCGUCUGCAAGCUGAGCUGCGGAGACCGCCGCCCGGCCCCCUCCCAUGCACUCCGGACGCCGUCGGACAGCCUGAGUCGUCGGGGUGGACCCUGAGAGAGCAGCAGCAGCUCUCAGAGGAACAGGAAGAUCUCCACAUCCAGGAGUCAUUUGUGCAAAGAGAGAACCAGAGGCUUCAAAAUGAAGCUGCUAAACUCAACCAAAUGCUUCGAGCUAAAGAUCAGGUCAUUCGCUCUCUGGAGGACUGCCUGUCGGCUCAGGGCCUGGCUGGAGUGGAAAACCUCAGAGGAGAUCUGGAGAAGUCUGCAGUCCAGCUGCAGUGUUCCCGGGCCUGCGAGGCUCACCUCAAGGCGGAGCUUAAACGCACCAGAGAGAGGCUGCAGGCUGUGAGCAGAGGCAGAGCUGAUCGCUCAGAGACGGAGCAGGAAGUGGCCGGCCUCAAAGCACAGGUUGACUCUUCAGUUGCUGAAAUGAAAAAGCUGAGGGAGGAGCUUGAACUGGCCAGGCAGACCCACGCCGCUGAGGUUGAGGGGAUGAGGGCGGAGGUUGCAAAGAUGACCGGCGAGCUGCACCAGCGUGAUCUGAGGAUCGCCACGCUGAGCGGGGAGCGAGCAGAGCUCAGAAUGACUUGGACCCAGCUGGAGACUCUGCAGAAGGAGAACCAGCAUCUUCGUGACCUGCUGCAGAGACGGCAGCCUUCUUCACCAAAGAGGGGAGAGGCCCCAGCAGCUUCACUGGGGGAGAAGCACACGGCCUCCAGAGGCAGGCCUGAAGAGGAGGAUGGACAGUCGGAACAAACGGACCCUCGGCAUCAUGCCUCGGAGCAGACGUGCUUGGCUGCUCCUGCCAGGCUUCAGAUAGACACGCAGGCCGUGAGAGCCGAGGCCCCAGAAUGCACCACUCACCGUGAGGGGGAGAUCCAGAGGCUUUUUAAAGAGCUGCAUGCUUUAUCUAUGUCCCCCAGAGAGCAGCACUGCAGCCAGGACCAAGACUACAGGCCUCCUGCUUCCUCCUCCUCCUCCUCCUCCUCCUCCAGCAGCACCAGUGCUGGACUGACUAGAAGAAUCUCAAUCCCGUCAUCAAGUCCUGGUGAAUUUGUUGAAGACAGGCAAAGCAUAAGUCCUGGAAACUGUCUAAGCUCAGCAUCUAGAGAAAGAAGAACUCUGUCUCCUACUUCAGAGGAGCUUUCGUCACACGGCACACUGUCACAUUUCCUGGAGGAGGAGAGCUUCAGGUCCAAGGAGCUGCUGCAGAGGCUGGACGCCCACAUCCUGGGAAUGAGGGAGAUCAACCACAGAACCGUGUCCAAGUACGUGGACCGUGGCGUCAGGCCGGAGUGGGAGCAGACGUCCAGCGAGCGGACCCCUGUCUAAUGACAGGGGGGCAACAUUCUGACAGAGGCGGAAAUCAUGUCUCGACACGAGGGCCUCCUGGGGAACGCUUUCAGGAACGCCAUCUUCACUGCAGAACAGCAAAAUGACAUAAACGCUUCAGUUUAUUUCAUUCUCACAUCAUCUCUUCAGGAGGAAGAAAUGUGCAAGCCAUGACGUUUCUGUCAGAAAAAGAAACUUCUAAAUGUGAUCUAAAGAACCUGGAUGCUCCUCGUGGUUCGCUGGUUUCCAUGGUGAUUUGAAGAACUGUUCUCGUAGUCUUUAAGGGCUUAGAGAAGACAUGGUGUAGCCAAACGGCAGAUUCUGGCAUUUUGCUCACGAAAAGAACAAACUUUAGCUUCUGAAAGCUCUCAGGAUGCUGCAUGGAUCAGAGCUUUCAGGAGAGCCUCCAUCCUUCCUGUUGCUACCCCCCCCACUGAAGCCCCCCAGCUUUUCUGUGCAGGACUGACAUGAACCUUAUCCUGCAUGUUGGAGGAAGGGUUUCUAAUGAACAGCACGUUGAUCAGUCCACCCUCAGAGAAUGUGGUGCAGUUGUUGCCUGGAUGCCCCGCUGAGGGGGUAAUGGGCGGGGCAGAAGGAGGGUUUUAUGCCUCUGGACUCCUUCAGGGAAAUGGCAGAUGUUUGUCCACCAUCAGAUCUUCGUCACCCUUUCAGGGUCAGAGGAUCUUCACAGACCCAGACCUCAGUUCUGCCUCACAGACACCAGAAAUGCUGUUUUUAUAGAUCAUGUUCCUGUUUUUGCAGAAAUGCUUUCAAUAGCUAAAGUGCUGAAGAAAGUUUGGGUUUAAAGACGACUUUAUGACGAGCUUUUAUUGGAAAAUGUCGUUGGUGUGAACAAUAAAGACUCCAGACUCUGACAACACUUGUUCUUAGCAGAUAAUAAAAUCCUCUCAUGUA